AUGGCGGCUUUAUCUCACUAAUUCAAACGAAGGCCUUUUAAAUCAUUUAAAUUCCACAAACGUUGAUGGAGGCUCAAAUUAAUCGGUUCAAUGUGCUUGUAAAUGAGUAUUUUAAAAUCAACGAGUUUCAGUUGGUGUUUUCCAGCUUUAUAGCACGAGACCAAACGCAUGACAACGAAAAAGAUGAGAAGUUCCUUUCGGCAUUUACAGAAUUGUGGAAAACUAUCAAUUCCUUACUGGAGACAGAGAAAAAGGAUGUGGCCGCUUUCGCUAAAUUUAAAAUCCUGGGAAGCUGGUGGAAAGAAUUCAAGAUCAAUCAAAUCCGGAAAAAGUUAAAGCCUCGUUCAAUCUGUUGAGAAGAAUGAUAAGGCAGGAUAUUGUUAAAGCCAAAAUGAUCUGUGAGGCUAUUUUAAACUACGGGAAAUUGAACUUCCAAAAUGAGACGUUCUGGUGUUUGAGUUUCGAGCUUAUUUACAGUAGUUUGAAUUCUAUUGAUUAUAAGGGUUGUCGUGACAUAUUUACGUUGGUUUUGGAGAAGUCUAAAGAAAUUCCCAAUGUAUUGCCUGCUCCAGUUUCUCCACAAAUUGAGGCAGUUUUAAAGGUGAUUCGUCUUGUUUUGGAUCGUAAUGCAUGUCUUCUUCCAGCUUAUUUUUGCAUUAAUGAGAUUUUGAAGAUAUUUCCAGAAAAUGACACAACUCCACACUGGGCAUUAUCAGAGGUUUUAGCUGAUUUUGUUGAUGGUUUUCGUCCUUUGGCACAACUGGUCACAGUAUCCUGCCGCUGUUAUCUCUACCCAAUUAUUGGUUCACCUUGUAGUUCUCUACAUUCAAUGAACUCAUGCAUUUGGAGACUAGACCAGAAACAAUUGACAUUUCAUUUUAAAGUACAACUACCUUAUGACAAAGAUGUCUCCGGAAGGCAAUAUAAACUUCUUUGCAACAUUGUAAAUCAGCCCAAUUCAAGAGAAACCGUCAGCACUUUACUUGGUUUGAAUAAAAAUGUACGCGAAAGAUGUAGCAUCCUGGAUGAUGUAUUUCAUGAUCUUAUUGUGAAUGCCAUGGAAAAAUGUGAACAGGAUGUAAAUGUUGAAGCAGCUAUGUUGCUAUGGAAACGACUUUGCAACAUCACAAUGUCGUACGCCUGCCUUAAUCUCCUCAACUUCACAUCAAUUAUAAAGUCGUUGUACGAUAAGCUGCAAGAACUGAGAUAUUUCAAGGGACGUCAUUAUUUGAUGUGGUUUAUUCUACAGCUAUGGGGUGACGCACACUCGCAUUUAGAGCAAAAAGACUUGAUUCCUUUAAAAAAGUUGAUCGAGUUUCUUUUCACUGACACGAAGCCUUUGAGCGUCCCUGAAGUCAGUGACCCGACAUUUAUAUACACAAUGGCCGUCCCCUGCCUUUGGCAUGUUUUAUCCAAUAAGGCACAAGGACAGAGUACAAAAAUGUCAAGACCACAGGGACAUAGCAUAAGAAUGUCAAGACCAGCAGCUCUUCGUCAGCUUUGCAGUCAUUUAGACAACAUGUUAAAGCCCAGUCAGCAUAAAGCACCAAGCGCGCGCACUAGCAAUAAUAUUGCUUUCUUUUAUCCAAUAAGCACUCAAGCUUUUGUAAUAGAAUUAUGGUUUGGUCGACAUCAGGGACAGAUGGGAAAUCAAGCCCAUUCCCCCCCUCAUUUAACUUCAAUUCCUACACAGCUACUGGAUGUCAUCUCUUACCCUGCUAAGCGACGUUUACUGUUCAACAUAAGUAAUAUUAUUGGAAAGAAAGAUCCGAACACAACGUUAUUCUAUGUAAUGUUGGAAACUUACAGCUCUUUGUUGGCCGAAAAUGACAUUCCCAGCAUCAGAAAUGUUUUUAGUCAAGUGCUUCCAGUUGUUUUUGAACACAAAGCUUGGGGUAUCUUGCACAAUCUUCUGGAAAUGUUUAGUUAUCGUUUACCUUUUAUUCCCCAGAACUAUCGUGUUCAUCUCAUGUCUCUUAUACACUCAAUUGCUGCAAUACCGCAGACGAAUCAAAAUUAUCAACUCCAUUUAUGCCUGGAAAGCACAGCGUUUCGUUUAAUUCAAGGUCUCGAGAAUCAUGUCGUCGAGUCGUAUUUUACAAAACACAAACCUAAUAUGCUGGUGUCUGCUGAGUCUGAGGAGUUAAACAGGAUAUUUAUUUUGAACAUUGCACGAGCGAUACAUAUAUCAGGAACAGAGCAACAUUCCUCUCAGUGGUACGACGAUAUCUUGAAAACAAUUGUUGAAAAAACACCCAUGAAUUGGUCCAAACAUACUUUGGAACAUUUCCCGCUACCCAUUCAAAACUUCUUCGCCCAACGGAUCAUUCCAGUAGAAAGUAAACCUGCUUUAAAACAGAGAGUCGAGGAAGAAUACAUGAAAUUUAAAAACAUGAAAUCGCAGGCUGAAAUAUUGAAUUAUUUUGGUGAACCAGGUUCACCCAAUAUAUUUGUUUGCAUUAUCUGGAAGUGUUUGUUGGAAAGUGGUCGUGUUAACCAAAUUUGUCUUCAAGUUUUGGUUAAGUUAGGGGCCAGAGCGUUAACCAAACAGAUCCGCGUAUUUUCUGAUUUUCUUAUAUACGAUUAUUCCAUUAUUACAUCAGAGGAAAUCACGAAGCGCACCGGAUGUCUUCAUGAUAUGGUAUGGAAAUAUCAUAUCUUCACCAUAGAUCGUCUUGUUUUAUGUUUGGUGUUGCGUUAUUACGAAUCAAAAGAAGCUCAAGUUUGUAAUCUACUUGUGACAUUUUUGUUGCUCAAGAAUCCUUCAUUUCGAGACAGAGUUCAGACAUUUGUACAAGAGGUCCAUCCAGAAUAUUGGAAACAUCCAGAAUGGCAUCAAAAACACCAAGGCUAUCACAAGCAAUGGGACGAAAAGUUUUACUUUGAAGGACUUCGCGAGGCCACGAAAGCUAGUUCACACAAUGUGGCGUAUUUCCCAAUAAAUUUUGGCAACGUUUGCCUUCGUUUUUUGCCAGUCCUCGAAGUUAUAGUUCAUCGUUUCAUAGAGUUACCUGCUGUCAUGACAGGACUUGAAAGUCUUCUUCAUUUCUUCGCUCCACUGUUUAAAUUUCACGAUCGUCCUGUCACUUUUUUGUACAACACUUUAUUUUAUUACAAUGAUAUUUUAAAUGAACGACCUCGAAGUCGCGACAAACUCGUCAACGUUAUCUUGGGAGCGUUUGCAAGUGUUCGGUCACCUCAUUGGUGUUUGUCUUCUCCCUGUUGGGAAUAUUUACGUGGCGAUGUAAACUGGACUCCAAACUUGGAUUACUAUUGUGAAAUUGUGGGAAGACUCGUGGAUACUCUUGCUGGUAAUUCGCCAUUUCCGUUGUUCGACGCUCGUUUUCACGAGUUCGCCAGUCCAGCUGCGCAUGCGAUUCAUGUCACGUGUGUCGAAUUAAUGUGUCUCCCUGUUGACGACAUUGUCAUUGCUCAAUCACUCUUCUCUGUUAUUUAUAAAUGUGGUGAAACAAGUCGCAGCCUUGAAAUUCUCAACGACACAAAGACGUGGAUAAACGCUUUGGCUUUGAUAAUAUCCUCUUUACCUGAAUCGUACAGCAAAGUCGUGCCUCACGUGAUUUGCGAGGCUAUCAACACUGAUCUCUCCAUAAAAGAUGUGAAUCCAGCUAUGAUGAACGGCUUACCAGAAAACUUGUCAAAUCCAUCGUCGUUUUCAUACUCCUUUUAUAGUUUCCAGUCCAGCUCGGCUGCCUGUGCACUUACCUUACCUGACCUGGUCGUGGCAUUCUCAAAUGCAGUUUGGUAUCAUUCAAGUUUAGGUCAUAUUUCUUACAUAAUCGGAAUGUUAAGAGACAAGCUUAAACCGUUGGUUCAUAAUGAAGCACAGUUUCUUUUCUUAUGUCGUGUAAUUGGUCUCCUCUUUCGUUUUUACUCCGAAAAACCAAGAUGUCUUUUAGAGAUCGCAAAGGAGUUUUAUGUGAUCCUGGAUGUCGUCGACAAGAAAUGUACUCAUUUGUAUCAUAUUGAUACAAUAUGCGAUUUCUUUUACCAUAUUAAGUACAUGUUUGUUGGUGAUGCUAUUAAACAGGAUAUUCAACAUUACGUCGUUAAUCUUCGACCUGUUCUUCGCAAUCGUUUGCAGUUCAUUGCGCAUGUCUCUGGCUUGCACCCACGUGAGGAACUGGCCUCAUUUGCUGAAUAGAUUUGUUCCUGCGAAUGGUGGGAAAUUGAAGAAGGAAUUUUGGUGCGUUCGUAAAUUCUCCACGUAAGAUCUGGAAUGAAAACUUCUCAACAAUCACGAGUUGGCAAAGGCUAUUUAAAUUUUGGGAACCUUCUGAGGGGCUACCCUUUGAAAGAAUCCAUGUCAGUCAUUCUUCCGACUCUUGAAGAUAUCCCGUUUUUUUCCCAUUUAAAUGGCAGGGAGUUAUGCUACAUUUUUUUAAAGAUACAUGGAUGUUAAGCUCCAUUCAUGAAUUUAAAGCAAGACUGAAGUAGUGAUCAAUUCAUUCAUAAACAGAUGAUGUAUGUAGCAUAUGGUAAUAGCCAGCAUUUAUUUUAUUUUCUCCAAAUGAUACAUUGUAUAUUUGUCACAUUUCCAAUAAAAGUAACAAAUUUUAAAUUCAUUAAUUUCUCGGCAACACAGAAGUGCAGCAAUUACUAAUUAACUUCACGUAAAUAUUAAGAAAGUAGAAAAUAAAAACAUCAAGUCAUUA